GAGGAAGACGACUCCAGACUCAGUAGUGUGCUGGUAGUUGCUGCAAGAGGACGUGCGUUACUUUCCUCCUAACACCGUACCCACACGGCUCUUAAACUCUGUGAGUCAUAGCGAAUUGCGCCACGGUAAAGUGCUCAGUGACAAAACACACUCGUGGGUUGACUCGCAGUAUCCUACCCUCCCCCUCCACCCCCCACCUACCCGAGGGGGGCAACCCUAACUGAACUUAGUGAAGCUAUUUUGAGGACAUCUGCUGUACCUGUGAGGGCUAAACCAGGAGCCAUGGGUUGGUCGUGGGUGGCGUCAGUUGUGGUGGUGGUGGCAGUGCUCGGGUCGUGGGUUAGCACUAUCUCCGCCCAACGCAGCAACUGCCAUCGUUCGCCAUUAAGGACGGAAGCCCCAAAGACUCCAGGCGAUAAUGACUUUAAGAUCAAGAUAAGUGGCAACCCUCAGAAGUAUGUCCCAGGAGAGGUGUACACAGUGAGCGUGCAGGGAUGGAGGACCCAGUAUUCGGUGCAGAAGUUCACGGGCUUCCUGCUGGUGGUGGAGGCGUCACAGUCCCCCGUCAACAUCUUUGGCCCCCAGAGCGUCGGCACGUUCCAGCUAUAUGGAGACGCCCUCACUAUGCACUCAGAUGACUGCCCCAACGCCGUUACUCAGACCUCGUCCAUCCCAAAGAGUGAGAUACAAAUACUGUGGACGGCGCCUCCAGCUGGCUCUGGCUGUGUACGAUUCAGGGCGACGGUGGUGGAGAACAGAGACGUCUGGUACAUGGAUGACGGAGAGCUGACGAAGGAACUCUGUGAGGAGGUCCAGGAGAGUGAUGAUAUGCAGCCAGAGGUCAUCUACGACUGCUGUGCUUGUGAUGAGGCCAAGUAUGAGGUGACAUUUGAAGGUCUCUGGUCUCGACACACUCACCCGAAGGACUUCCCGACCAACGAGUGGCUGACGCACUUCUCAGACAUCAUCGGCGCCUCACACUCUGCCGACUACCAUGUGUGGAAAUAUGGUGACUACGCGUCCGAUGGUCUCCACCAGGUGGCUGAGUGGGGGUCGACCAGGAUGUUGGAGAGUGAACUGAAAAGCCAGAGUGAUCACAUACGCACCAUCAUCAAGGCUCGGGGUCUGUGGUACCCCAACGUCAACGGCAAGACCUUUGCUGUGUUCCGCGUGGACAACAGACACCACCUGAUGUCCCUGGUGUCCAUGUUAGGACCAUCGCCUGACUGGAUCGUGGGCGUGUCUGACUUGGAGUUAUGCCUCAAAAACUGCUCAUGGGUUGACCAGAAGACUCUCAACCUGUACCCCUGGGACGCUGGUACUGACUCAGGCGUCACUUAUGAGUCUGCCAAUGCUCCUUCUAUCCCGAGAGAGAAAAUUCGUCGCAUUACCAAUAGUUACCCAAAUGACCCUAAGUCACCCUUCUAUGACCCGACCGGAAUGCCUAUGACGCCCUUGGCCAAGCUCACCAUCACCAGGCAGAGGGUGUAUGAGAAGGCCUGCUCUGAAACACGUCCUGUUGGAUUGGACGACCCAGACCUGAUCUAUUCAGACGACAUUGAUUCUAACAGACCUGAUUGUCAAGUUGGUGGCUGGUCAGAGUUCACCCCCUGUUCCGUCUCGUGUGGAAAGGGACUACGCAUGCGCACUAGGAGCUACCUGAUGCCCCUCAAGGCGGAUAUGGGAGGUUGCAAGAGGCAGUUGGAGGAGAAGGAGAUGUGUGCUGCUGCUCAAAUCUACUGUGAGGGAGGUGGUGCCUUUGCCUUCUCCGAUGACAGACUACAGCUACAGGUUCCCAACUUCGACCGUAUCUGCGCCACUUCAGAUUGGUCUCAGUGGACACCUUGCUCAGAGACGUGUGGGAAGGGACACCGGAUGAGGAACAGGCGCUUCCUGCACCGUAUGGGACGGAAGAAGUGUGAUAAAGCGCUGGUUGAUAAGGAGAUGUGUGUUGCUGAUAUAAUGGAGUGUGUUGGUCAGCCAGAGAAUAUACCCCCUGAAUGCGCCGUCACACAAUGGACCGACUUCUCCCCCUGCUCUGCUUCCUGUGGCCAAGGGUUUACCAUGAGGGCUCGCUCGUUUCUCAUCCCCUCCACCAACAAAGACAUGUGCUCAGUGUCUACCAUCGAGAAGAAGCUGUGUAUGGCUGAAAGACCAAACUGUACUAUUUCUCCUGAGGAUGCUAAAGUGGAUUGCACGGCCUUUCGUCAACUCAACAUAAGCAUACAUGAUAAGAUGCAGUUCGAGUUUUGGUGUCAUCUUGGCCAGAGGAGAGGCAAACAAAACACACACCCAAAAGAGGUGUGUAUGAUGGACAAGGAGAUUGGGCCGUGUCGUGCGUUCAUCACUAGUUGGUAUUAUGACAGUAGCCGGCAGAUGUGUCUACCUUUCCAAUACAGUGGUUGUCGGGGACAGAAACAGGUUUAAUAACUAUGAAGAGUGUACCCGUGUCUGCGAAAUGAACAGACGUAGGUAUAUCUGCCUG